AUGUGCUGCCUUCAGCCACGAGCUCUUAUUCCCAAGUGCAAGAAGUGUAUUCUUGAAAACAGCUUUUUAACUCAUGCGCAGAAUAAAGGCGAGAGGAUCGAUUACUCACAAAGGAGGCGAUACGUCUUCAGGGCAAGUCUCAAGGAAAAGGAACAGAACCGCGAGAUAGCUGUAAAUCCCAGCCUGGACUCGGAGAUUGCUACUGUCAGAUCGAAUGUGAGACAUGUUCGCAGUAUUCCAAACGCUCACGGAGGACCGCCAGAAGAAGCGAAGCGGCUGUCACGCAAGAAUUCGGACACGCUUAAUGCUCUUGCUCGAACACAAUUCAUGCUAGCAUCAGACAUCGCCAACAUCAAAUGCUCCUCUCCAUGUGCGAGUAUGUUGCAUUCUCAGCAGCGUUCGUGCAAGGAGCAAAUGCAAGGCCGAGAGAUCAAUACACAUGUGAUAGCUGUAGAUCGCCCAUCAAGGAGCAGAUCAACUGCUCUGUAUAUACCGACCUCUAGGAGCCAGACGGGUGACCUGUGGAAGGGCUCGGAGAACCUGGCGCUGCGCUUGAAGGACUCCGCCGUGACCGCGCAGCAGGGGCAGGCCUUCUCCAAAGCGGCGGCGGGGGCGGGGGCCGCAGGCGGAGGCAGCUCCAGCGUAGGCCUGCGUCCGUCGAUGUUCCUGGAUGAGGAAGCCUACAUCGCCGCCGCCACGCUGGCUCCCGGCGCGGACGCCUACACCAGGAACAAGUUUAACCAGGCCGAGAGCGACAAGCUGGCCUCCAACCGCGAUGUUCCCGACACCAGGCACUUCACGUGCCGAAAGAAGGAAUGGAGAACCGAGCUGCCACAGACUUCAGUAAUCAUCACCUUUCAUAAUGAAGCCAGGUCGACCCUCCUGCGAACGGUGGUCAGUGUGCUGAACCGCAGCCCGGAACACCUCGUCAAGGAGAUAAUUUUGGUGGAUGACUUUAGUGACGAUCCUUCUGAUGGUGCCGAGCUCUCGAAGAUCCAAAAAGUGAUUGUCAUUAGGAAUGAGAAGAGAGAAGGUUUAAUGAGGUCACGUGUUCGAGGAGCUGACGCGGCCACAGCUCCUAUCCUGACGUUCCUGGAUUCCCACUGUGAAUGUAAUCAGCAUUGGCUGGAACCCAUGCUGGAGAGGGUGACGGAGGACCGGAAGCGCGUCGUGUGUCCCAUCAUCGACGUCAUCAGCAUGGACACCUUCCAGUACAUAGGAGCUUCAGCCGACCUGCGAGGUGGAUUUGACUGGAAUCUGGUCUUUAAGUGGGAGUACCUGUCCAGCGAAGAGAAGAAAAAGAGGCAGAAGGACCCGACUCAGGUUAUAAAAACUCCCAUGAUUGCCGGUGGUCUUUUUAUGAUUGAUAAAUCAUACUUCGAUGAACUUGGCAAAUAUGAUAUGGCGAUGGACAUAUGGGGAGGAGAGAAUUUAGAGCUGUCCUUCCGCGUGUGGCAGUGCGGAGGCAGCCUGGAGAUCGUCCCCUGCUCCCGCGUCGGCCACGUGUUCCGGAAGCAGCACCCGUACACGUUCCCCGGCGGCUCCGGCACCGUGUUCGCGAGGAAUACCCGGCGGGCGGCGGAGGUGUGGAUGGACGACUACAAGAAGUACUACUACUCUGCCGUCCCUCUCGCCAAGAGCGUCAACUUUGGGAACAUCCAGAGUCGCCUAGAAUUGCGCAACAGACUGAAAUGCAACAACUUCAAGUGGUACAUGGAUAACGUGUACCCAGAACUCACUGUACCCAACGCCGGCCACGCUACCUUCGGAGUCUUCAAACAGGGCCUGAAGUGCAUGGAUACGCUUGGACACCGCGCUGAGGGAACCAUAGGCCUAUACGCUUGUCACGGAACAGGUGGAAAUCAGGAGUGGGCGAUGACACGUGAUAUGCUCAUCAAACACAGCGAAUUGUGCCUAACCCUACCAGAACCGAGAGGAGGAACAGUUCUUAUUCUAGAACCAUGUCAGAAUAAUGACUUGCAGAGAUGGGUCCGCACAGAUGGAGAUCGUCUGAUCAAAUCCGAAGGCCACAAUUUAUGCAUAGAUAGCGCAAAAGAAAAAGAUGUUGGCUUGGUUGUUGAAGCCUGUGAUAAGUCUAUACUCACACAGCGAUGGUCGUUCACAGUGAAUAAAACCUAACUAAAAUAAAGUAACUAAACCUAUGGAUCUUGGCCAAGAAGUUAGUCGGAGAUACCAAAGAUGUGAUUAAUUUCAGCAGGAAAACUGCACAAUUUUUUUCUGUUUCUCAUAACUAGGCAUAACAUUUGUGAUGGAUAACAUGACUGUGUUAAUUUUGUAUCUCGAAAUUUACUAAUUUCUUUAGUCACUGAAGUUAUUUAUUAAGGGACUUGUUCAGAGAAGAAAAUGUAUUCUCAGGUGAUAAUAGGGAAGAUAGGAUGCUGGUGUAGUGCAAUAUUUGCCCUGCAAUUAAUUCUGAAUAUGAGGUGAUAGUUACGAGUAUGUCCAUUCAAAAGAUGAUGAAUAUUGUACAGUUCUGUCUUGUAUAGUAACCUUUUUUUUAUUUAAAGAGAAAUGUAUAGAUAAAUUAUUAGCAUAUUGUCACUGUUUAUCUUCUUUUGUCAUUUGGAUACAACCAAGUCCUUUAUAGGGCACCAUUCUAUGUAAAAGGGAUAAAUGGUCAUUGUACAUAAGUCCCAUCGCAUGAUUCAUAAGGAUGUGUUAAGACAGAUCCACUCUCACAUAGUUCAUAUUACAUGAUGACCAACGUAUCACCUAUCACUUGUGAUUUGUGCUUUAGUGGACUGAAUGUCAUAUAUUUAUUUAAAAGUGAUUUUGUUAAUCUUUGGAGUAUUUUGAUUAUUUAGUUUAUAUUGAUGAUUUUAUUUUCCAUAUUCUGUAAUGGAAAACUUAAAAUGUUUAAUAGUCUUUUUAACAAUUUUUGUUUUAAUUGUGAAAGUAUAUUGAAAGACGUAGUGAUGGUAUUUAAAUUUUAGGAUAAAACGUAGUAGUGUCUGCUUCUAUCUCUAUUUGCAUUUAGUUGUGCAUACUCAUGAUAGUAAUGCUUUUUAGUAUAGCAUGCACCAACUAUUGAACAGUUUUGUAAUAUGAUUCAUAGUCGAUUUUAAGAGAACAAGAAUUGUACAAGAAAAAGUCUUCUCCUUUGAGAUGAGGUCAGCUAUUUAUUUUGAACUGUAUCUCAUGGUAUAGAAUCUUUAUUCAGACAUAUUAAAAGCUUUUAAGAUAUUCUGUAUUUUCUUUGAUUUGUUUAAGAUAUUUGCAUAAAUGGAUGAUCAAGCCAAAUCCUUUAUUAGUAUUCUCUUUUCACCAAUAUUAUAAAUUGAUAUAUAAUAUAAGAAAUUAUUCAUAAUUACAUAAAGAAUACUGAUGCUUUACCAUGGGAAAUAGCUCACUUUUCAUUUGGUGUAUGUGCUAUAAAAUAGAAAAAAAAGCUUUGGGUGAAAAGUUGGUGUGCAUUGAUGGUGUUUGACUAAAUUCCAAUCUAUGUUUUCUGAUAUUUCAUGUUUCAUUUCCUCUUUAAGAAUUCUGAAUGCAUGUGACAGUUGUUUUAUCACUAAUUUGUAGAUUUGUGAGAUAUUAAGAGAUCAAGAAUGUGUUGUACUAAUGCAUUCCAUUACACAUUUAGAGUUAAGAAUGGAAGUGAUUCUAUUGUGACAAUACUUUUGAUUUUAUUUGAUCACAUGAACACAUACACAAAUGCACAUACAUGUGCACAAACGCACAUGCACACACAAUCGCUCGCGCACACGCACACGCACAAGCACACCCACACACGCACACACGCACACACACAUGCACACGCGCACACACGCACACACACACACACACACACACACACACACACACACACACACAUACACACACAUACACAUGUAUAUGUAAAUGUAUAUGUAUGGUUGUAUAUAGUUUGCUUGUAGAAUAGAGAAAAAAAUAUAUUUUUUGUUUUGUUGUGAAACUUGUAAAUAUGUAUUCAAAUAUUAGAUUCUAUGACAUUACCUUCAGGAUUAAAGGGUUUAAAGGUAAAACAGACGAACCAAAUUUUCCAUAUGACAGAACUGAUUAAUGUAUAUAGUUAAUGAAGAAGCACAUGUGGUGCAGUUGAUAUGGAUUUUCUUUCAAGAGAAUUGAAUAGAAAAAUAAUAAGCUUGUGCUUACAGGUGCGUUUUGUACCAAGUCAUUUGCAUUUAAAUCUGUACUAUGUAUAAGGAACUACACAGCAAAACUAUAAAAGAGGCUUUUAAUGGGGUAUUUUCUCUGGUACUUUGUGAUUUAAAACAAAUUGAAAAACUGUAUUUGCUUUGUAAAUGUCUUUGAUGCAUUGAUCAAGCGAUGUAACCUUGUGUGUCAUCAAGUGAAAGAAAUUUAUUCCAUGUUUUCAUAAUGCUUUGGUUGAUUAGUGUCAGUGAGAGAUUACUUAAUCAGUUCUGCUGUUCACUGAUAUUAAAUUUACUUUUACUCGUUUCAUUACAUAGCCAGUGAGUCAAAAAAUUUUGGACUAGCGUAAGGGUAUAUGACUUUAGUAUUACUGUAUGAUGAAUAUGUUGAUUUUGAUUAUUAUGGAUAUUGUUUUUUGCUGUGUAGUAUUCUGAAAAUAGUCCAUACACCUUAGAGGCAUGCUCAUGCUGAUGAAAUAGGGUGAUUUCCUGUACAGUUUGAAUCAAUUUUAUUACCUAAAGUAGAUGUAAAUUAGAUUUUAAUCCGAGAUCAUUAUGAUGAAUGUUAAAAAUUGCCUUCAGUCUCAUUCAAGGAAAUUUUAAUAAUGAAUUUUAAAAAAUACAACUGUGAGGCUGAUGUAUGUUGUCCUGGUGUCUCCUAAGGAUAGGAAACAGCUUUGCGUUCUAUGACUGAUCUGUUUUAGAUAAAGUACUUACUAUCAUUACCAACUGGCUUACAACUUUUUUAUAUGAAUCCGCCAGAAAUAGAAACUAAGUUCUAGCCUUGUUAUUUAUUCUUCACAGAUAAGAGAAUAUUUAUUUAUGUUAUGGUAGGGGUAUAGCAAUCACCCCCAAUGUUUUUCAGACCACUGAUUGUAAAGCACGGAAGUAAUGUGCUCAACUUAACAAUGGUAGAAUGGAUUUUAAAGCACAUAUGUAAAGCUCAAGUUCUGUAAAGAUGUAAACUAAUGCUAGCUUGUAUGAUUAGGAUAUAGUGUACAGUAGUGCUUAUAUUUCAGAAGAAAAAUUGGCUGUGUGAUGUAAUUCAAUUUUGAUUUUUUUUAAGAAUCCAUUCUGCCUGUGAAAACAUUAGAUGGAGGCACAAAGACAUGGCCCAAUGUAUAAAUAUGAUUCCAUCUAAGAUAGAUCUGUAUCUUUGUAUAUAUAUCAUAUAUAUAUAUAUAUUAUACAUAUGUUUAGAUGAUGAUUUAUUUAGCUCGAAUGGAAAUUUUCAAAUUUUCCUUACCUCUGUUGACAAUUUGCAUAAUAUGACAUUAUUUUUUCAGAAGCAAGACAGGUCAUUUAUAGCAUAUAUUUUAAGGAAGUCUGAUAUUGGUUACACGGUUUUGUGUUUUCCUCAAAUGUCAGAUAUGAAAGAUAACUGAUUGCUGAUUAAUCAAGAACAAGGGUUUAAAUUUGUUGUUAUAUUUAAUCUUUACCUUUUUAUUGUUAUUGUGAUUAUCAUUCAUCUAAUGUUGAAAGGCAGCAUUGUCACAUUUCUAAUGUGCAUUAGCAAGCACAAAAUAUAUAUGUAUGUAUAUAUAUGAAUGGAUGGAU